CGGGCUGCUGCGGGAUCAGAACCAAACCGCUCCUGGGUCAGUGAUCGAUCAUCGAUCAGAGUGAUCCGCUGUAGAGGGAAUGUCCCGGCUGCUGGAGAGCAGGAGGCAGGACAGGAUGAAGGAGAUCAACCUGAAGAACAAGGAGAAGGAGCGCCAGAAGGAGCGGGAGAAGGAGGCGAGGGAUCGGGAGAACCGGUCGAGCAACGGUCACCUGUUCACCUCGCUGACCGUGUCCUCCACCACACUGUGCUCCUCCUGCAACCGCAGCAUCACCGCCAAGGAGGCGCUCAGUUGCCCCGCUUGUAAUGUCACCAUCCACAACCGUUGCAGAGACAGUCUGGCAAACUGCGCCAAGAUGAAACAGAAACAACAGAAGCUGGCGAUGGUGAGGAACAGCGCUCUGCAGAACGUCGCCAUGCGGACAAAGACUCCGAUGAUGAAGGAGCGUCCCAGCUCGGCCAUCUACCCGUCAGACAGUCUUCGUCAGUCUCUGCUGAGCGGCCGCAGGGUUCGCUCCGGACUCGGCCUCGCCAAGAGCGUCUCCACCAAUAACCUCUCAGGGUCCACUGAGGACUCAACGAGUCUCAGGAAGAUUCUGUCUCAGUCCACAGAGUCUCUGAACUUCAGGAGCAGAACUUUGUCCAUGGAGUCUCUGACUGACGACGGGGAGUGGUGGUGGACGUCUCUGGUAGACGAGCUGCAGGAGGAGGGUCGGUGUGUUCAGGCUGACAGCUGGAGUCUCGCUGUGGAGCCCAACUUCCUCCAGACCCUCCACAAAGACCUGAUUAAACAGCAGGACGUCAUCUACGAGUUGAUCCAGACCGAGUUCCAUCACGUGCGGACGCUGCGGAUCAUGGAGGGCGUGUACCGGCGGGGGAUGCAGGAGGAAGUGAUGCUGGAGGCGGGCGUGGUCCACACCAUCUUCCCCUGCCUGGACCAGCUGCUCGAGUUCCACUCCAACUUCCUGUCCGAGCUGCUGGCCAGGCGGGCGCAGGGCCUGGCGGAGGGCAGCGCCACCAACUUCACCAUCCGCAACAUCGGAGAGGCUCUGCUCAAACAGUUCUCAGGUCAGUGUGCGGAGGACAUGAAGAAGAUCUACUCAGAGUUUUGUAGUCGACAUCCGAAAGCCGUCAAACUCUACAAAGAAGUGUUCGCUCGAGACAGAAGACUGCAGCAGUUCGUCCGGCGUGUCUGCCGUGGCCCGUUGCUGCGUCGUCAUGGCGUCCAGGAAUGCAUCCUGCUGGUGACCCAGAGAAUCACAAAGUACCCCGUCAUCAUCCAGAGGAUCCUCGACAACACCAAAGGCAGCGAGGAGGAGGCGCAGACUGUGAGCAAGGCACUGUGCCACCUGAAGAAGCUGCUGAGCUCCGUGGACCAGGAGGUGCUGGAGCUGGACCGGAACAGGAGGCUGCAGGAGGUGCAGGCCCGGCUGGACCCGCGGGCCGAGGCGGAGGUGCGGGGAGGAGGCGCGUUCAGAGGAGGAGAGCUGCUGAGGAGGAAGCUGCUCCACGAGGGGACGCUGCACUGGAAGGUCCAAGGCUCCCGCAUGAAAGAUGUUAAAGUCCUGCUGAUGUCAGACAUCCUGGUUUUCCUUCAGGAGAAAGAUCAGAAGUUCACCUUCGCAUCACUAGACAAGCCUCCCGUGGUGUCUCUGACUAACCUGCUGGUGAGAGACAUAGCCAAUCAGGAGCGAGGGAUGUACCUGAUCAGUGACUCGUCUCCUCCUGAGAUGUACGAGCUCCACGCCGCGUCUAAAGACGACCGCCGCACCUGGAUGAGCCGCAUCCAGCAGGCUGCACACAGUUGUCCGUCCAGAGAAGAGUUUCCUCUCAUAGAGACCGAAGACAAAGCUCUACUACGAAGACUGAAAGCGGACAUCCAGCAGAAGGACAGGGAGGUGCUGGAGCUCCUGCAGGAGCGAGUGACUCUGUUUUCAGACCUGAUGGAGGCGACAGCUCGAGGAGCAGAAGACAGCACCUCCUCCUCCCGCACCUCCUCCUCCUCGUCCUCCUCCCUGCCCAACAGGAACCUGUUCAGAGCCGACACUCCUCACGCUCCUCAGGCCGAGCCGCUGCUCACCGGCUCCAUCUCUGAAGUGGACAAACUGACCGAGCUGCUGUCGGGAACCCACAUCCAGAAAUCCACCGUAACCAACGGCAACCAGGAGCUCAGCAACGGAGACUCGAGUUCACUGAACGGUUCUUUUGAGUUGAGUUCUUCAAAGGACCGAAACGGGAACCAGCUGCAGGAGCAGACCUUAAACGAGGAAGUCCGUCAGCGAUUGGUCAGUCUGAGCACGCAGCUGCACGCUCUGCAGGCCGCCGUGAUUCGCCAGGACUCGAUCCUGGAGCUGUGUUUCAGGACCGGGCCCGUGCUGCCCCCCCUCGGCCCCCCCGGCCCCCUCGGCCCCCCCGCCCCCCGCCUCAGCCGCUCCAUGUCCCGGGACGCGGGGAUGGACGAGGCGGGGCUGCUGCGCCGGCAGCUGGAGCUGCUGCAGGAGGAAGUGACACGACUGCGUCUGAAGGGGGAGGGGCCGACCAGAGAGGAGGGGGCGGAGCACGGGAGGAGGCGGAGCAACGGAGACGCCGGUGAUGUCAUCAAAGGAGAACAGGUGAGCAGGAGGCGGGGCAGCAGAGAGCUGGAGCUCCGCCCCCUGGCCCCAUUGGCCAGCCAGGAGCCCGACGACCAAUUAGACGGCGUCCAGGAAGGAAAUGAGGAUGAAGAGGAGGAAGUGGUGAAGAUCUCUCCUCGCUCUGACAGCCCCAGAGACCUGCAGGACAUUCCCGAGGAGAGCGAGUGCGGCGCCGACCCCAGUUAACGUGAUGUCACCGUGAUGUCGCCGUGACGUCACAGAGAGGACCAGGAAGAGCUCAGGCUUGUGUGUUUGGGAGACGACGACAUCACUUCCUGUUGAUGUCUUAAAGAAGAAGAAGAUUUUUUUUAUUAUUAUUUUUAAACCAAAUCAAAACGAUCACAGCUGCCGUACACAGGAAGUUCAAACCAUGUGACCUGUUUACAUCAGAGCC